AUGAAGUACUUGCGUACCCUAUUUGAAGCCAACGGUUACCCGAAGUCGUUCAUACGCAAGUGUCUCAGGAAGUCCCACUCUGGGCGGUCGAACGAGGAGAAACCAAAGUUCUGGCUCUCGAUCCCCUAUGUGAAGAAUGUUUCAGAGGCGACUUCAAGAAUUCUGAAACCUUUUGGAAUCUGUAUGGCCCAUAAACUAGCAUCAACAAUCAGACAGCAGAUAAUGAGGCUCAAAGACCCGCUGCCGGUGACGGAACAAGCAGCGGUGGUUUACAGCAUACCAUGCCAAGAUUGUGAUGCAAGUUAUGUUGGUGAAACGGGGAAACGCCUCGGCACAAGAUUGCAUGAGCAUCAGCUUGUGAUUAACCGCAAGGAUAAGCUGUCGCUGGUGUAUGGCCACACACACAAUUUCGCUUUCGAGAAAACGCGGGUGGUCGCUCGACCCAAUGACAAAGUGGCCAGACUGAUGCUGGAAAGUGGGUCCUCGACCGACACCCUCAACCGGGCCAUAGACCUACAUCUCGCCUACCAGGCGCUUCGCGCGAGGCUCGAGUCAGUCCAGGCAAGGCCAAUGGCACGGAUGAAAGGAAUCACAGGGGAUCGACUACCGACGCUGGCGGAGAGGGAAGGCGCUGACCGAAAGUCACGUGACCGGCGUGGCACGCUAUCUCACGGACGUACUCGCGAGGCCGGAAAGACCACGCCUGAGGAGCGACGAUCGAUCAGCCCGCCGUCUGACGAGGGGGAGGCCAACGAGCACGCCGACGCGGCGGCGGCGGCGGCAACCACGUCAGGCGUGAGGGAGACAAAAGGCACGCCAGUCCGCCAAUGGCCAGGACCAGAGAGGCCACAAUCAGCCAACGGAAAGCAGGCUAACCAACGUGCGUACGCUGGGCACGGUUGUAAUACGAGGCAGGCGGCAAGGCUGAACAAAUCAAGGCCGGCAGGAAACGUCAGCGACCGACUUUGGUGAUGGGAACGAGUGUUUCCGAAACGUCAGUUUGAAUACAAUCUGGUCAAUGAAAUCGCCUUCUCUUCUUCGUUUUCCUCGGGGGAUGAUAUACACGAUAAUAUAUCUGGACCUCGAAUCUUCACGCAUAUUACACAUACAUAUAUACAUCGAUCGGUGAGCGCCGCUCUACCAUUGUAUGUUCCCGAUAAAAACCGACAAGACAACGAGCCCGUAGCCCAGUGGUUAGAGGCGUUGAACUUUUAACCAACAGGUCGCGAGCUCGAGCCUCGGGUGUUCCAAAUUUCGGGGUUGGGUAUGACUGGCUGACGACGACUAAUAAGCCAGAAAUGGCCAUUCCAUUCUCCCUUGUCUUUGUAGGUAAUACCAUUCUGCCUAUCUCGUGUGCCGCUGUGCGGCUGCUGGUUGCGCUCAAGAGAGAGAGAGCCCUCAGGCCCUACGAGCGAGUGAGUUCAGUAGAAACGAUCGAUGUGCGCCCCUCUACCAUUAUAUAUACAUCUAUAUGAGAGGAAAAGACUAUCUGUGGAAGAGCAGUUAUAUUAUCCGGAUGUUUCGAAAGCAUACAAGUUUCCGUGGUCGGGGAUGAGUGUGGUACCGCGCCUCGAAGUAUUUAUAGGUGGUGACAGUCAUGUUAAAACGGUUCAGAGCUGCAGGGAGGAAGGAGUCCCUUGAUGGAGCAUAGUCUUUUGACUUUGGUGGCCAUCGUCCGCACGGGGCCGGUGUUGGACGGGGGAAGGGAAAGUAGGGUGAUGUAAUGCCCUUAAUGUGGAUGCCUCUCGUCGGAAGUCAGUGUCCAGACGUUAACAGCCGCCGCCCGCACCCCCAUUGAUCUUGGUCGUCAUCCUAAUUUGGCAAUCUUUUUUGUCUAUUUUCUCGUCCGCUGGAUUAGUGGAUGAUACAGCUGCGCCUUCGUCAAGCUCGGGUUGUGCUGUGACCACAUGCGUGUCGACCAUGGUUUCGCCGUUCUUGGAUUUAUGUUUGGCCUGGGUUCACGUCUGUUCUGUUGUUCACUGAAAUACGUUCGGAAGGGUUUGACAGACCGCGGGAAGCGCCAUAAUACGGUUGAUGGUGUUAUCCCGUGUGUCAGUCUUUGGUUGUGUCGCCAGGUCAGCAGUCAUUUCCUACACCCGGGACUUCGGUAUUCUGAAAGUCGAACGUGUAUUCAUUGUCUGCUCAGUUUUCCCCCACCAGAGACAAGGGGUUCAUCCUACUUACUGCCCUAAUGUGUUCUCCAAGACGGGUUCAUAGUCGUUUGCCAGUCUCUCUAAUGUAGUUAUUUUCACAGAAGUUACACUGUCGCCUCACCUCGUGGUAGAGGGAGGGAGGCCCGCGGCUCGUGACCAGAUGUUGGACUGUUGACUCCAAACGAUGGGAGAUGCCGAUCCCCAGCGAGGGACCGCCUCAGGAACACCGUCAAUGUCCACAAGCAUAAGCCAGAUUUCUGGCCAUUGUCACCGAACUCCGGAUGGACCUAGGCUGUCUUCCGAGUUCGACAAGGUCACAGGGAUACCGUUGGCCAUUAAGAGACCCCCUGAGUAACUGUGGUCUGGCCUUCUGUCGUCCGGCUCGCCGAAUUGUGUUUCUGUCCUUCUGUAGAGUGUUUUCAACCUCGUCAAUUCCGACAGACAACCUAGGUAAAGCCGAAGUCCGGUGGCAAAAUGCCCAAAAAAGUUAUCGAUUGCUUGCAUACAGAGGUGGCCUGUUGAGGAUCGGCAUUGCUCACCGUCCGGAGCUAACAAUCCGACAUUCAUUCAUGGUAUCUUUAUUCGUCAUCCCCCUGCUACGAAGUUAAACGACGUCACCUACCGGACCCUGUGCAACUCCUGGGAAGUUAACUGCACUGAAGCGACCGGCAAACGACUAAAAACCCGUGUUAGAUAACGCAGGAGGACAGAAAGGAGGAUGGACUCAUUGUCUCCGUUACUAAGGCAGAACCCAAGCAUCUCAAAAACGCAGUACAUUGAAAUGUGGAUGAGUUGUCUUGCAGGCGUCGAGCUACGCUCUCAAUUUUCAGGUCAUAUAGUGUUGGAGAAAACAGAGCAACCACACCAAAUGAUAAAAUGUCUUCAUUGGGCUUCACUUGAAGACCUUAGAUCUUUCGAGGAAAUGCCUGAAAGUGUUUGACACUGCAUUGUGAUCUAUCAUGAGUCAGCAUAACUAUUUGAUCAGGCACUUCGACCGCCGUGACCGAGGAGUUCUACCUUGUGCUCCACAGCUGGGUAAGAGCGGGGACAGUGGCUUGCAUGUGAAUUCGUUUAUAGCGAUAGGAAUCUUGCGCCACAGAGGACGAAGAUGCGAUCACUGGAACAAUAAACUUAUAGGCCUGACGUUUCGGAUUCUCACUUGGACCCAUCACCAGAGACAGUCGCAAAUAAGGGGUAGUGAUGGCACAAGGAAGGCAGUAUUUGCUGGUACAAGCGAAGAUGCGAGUUUCAGGAGCUAGUUGAUAAGAACUAGAGUAGAGCUCUGGAACAAUAGCUUUAUUCACCCGACGUUUCGGAUUCUCACUUGAACCCGUCAUCAGAGACAGUGCUUCGUGGACAGGAAGUUGCAAUAUUUAUAGGAUGCAGCCGUUAUGCUAUCGCAUUCCUGUGAUAAUUAACCCCUCUCCCGUUCAUCGAGGAUUGAUGUCCACUGGCGCGCUAACUGCUUGAUGGUCGGUAUGCAAGUUGAUAACUGCUUAAGUUUCAUCGCAUGUGUUGGAUGCUAGCGCGAUGAUUGGUCGGCCAUCUGACACACCGGCCUGCGCGCUCCCCAAGUGGUUAAUUAAUUUGGCCAGAUUAUGUCUCAGCACGGAAUAUGGAGUGGGGACGUCAUUGUACUUGUUGAUCGACUUGGGUCCCGUGAACCAUGACUCAAGCAGCUCUCGGCUCAUGAGGCUAUCCCCUCUCGCGAGAAUUUCGACCUCAUCGAGCUUGAAUGUGUGGCCGGGUCUCGUCGAAUGGGCCGCGACCCGAGAGAUGGCGUCACUUCUCCGCACUGCCGCCGCGUGUUCGGCGACUCGCGUCCAGAGCAGUCUUCCAGUUUCUCCAACGUAGUUGCUUCGUCGCAACUGCACCAGAUCCGGUAAAAAACUCCAGAUGUUUCUUGCCCCGGCAGUGUGUCUUUUGGUCUCAUAACCCGACGCCUAAUGGUCGCCUCCGGUUUGUGGGCAACUCCAACCCCAAAUGGUGCGAGAAAGCGACUGACGGCCUCGGAGCCGUUCUUGACGUAUGGAGUCGUUCGUUAAAAUUUGAGGUCAGUACGACUGCGUCGCUUGUCUCGUUUGCCCAUGCGCUGGUUGGCGAAGUUGCGUGGGUAGCCAUUUUCCCUGAAAACCCGUCGAAGAUAUUGGGAUUCGGCAACCUUGUCUUUCGGUUUACUGCAGUGCGUCUCAACACGCCGAUAUAGCGUUCUUACGCAACUGCGUUUGUGGUUGAUUGGGUGGUUGCUGUUGAAGUUCAGUAAUUGCGUCAUGUUCGUCGUUUUCGUGAACACUUUGAUCUUUAGGCCACCGCAGUCUUUGUGACAGACGAGGACAUCAGGGGAGGCCAGCUGGUUAUUUUCUUCCUCCUUCAUCGUAAAUUGUACGUCCGGGAAGACGCUACUGAGACGUUCUUUGAACGCAGUUGCGUAAGGACGCUAUUUCGGCGCGUUGAGACGCGUUGCAGUGAAACGGAAAACAGGCUUGCGGUUUUGCAAUAUCUUCGAAGGGCACUGAGAGCGAAUGGCUAUCCGCGCAACUUUGUCAACCGGGGCCUACGAAGACGACACCAGAGACCAAAUCCAACCGGCCCAAAAUUUUGGCGGGCUCUUCCGUACGUAAAGGUCUCGGAAGCCGUCAGUCGCCUUCUCACUCCAUUUGGAUUUUGGGUUGCGCACAGGCCGGCAGCAACCACCAGGCGCCAAGUCAUGAGGCCGAAUGACCUGCCUAUCGGUUAGCGGAUCUGAUGCAGUCGCGGGCAAAGCAACUACGUCGGAGAAAUUGGAAGAUUGCUCCGGCGGCAAAUGACCGAGCACGCAGCAGCCGUCAGGCGAGGAGACGCUAGCUCUCAGGUGGCGGCUCAUUCGACGGGACCCGGCCAUACUUGCAAGUUUCAAGAGGCCAAAUUCCUCGCAAGUGGAGGCAAUUGCGUGAGUCUUGAGCUGCUCUACUCAUGGUUUUAGGGCCUGGAUUCCAUCAACAAGCACAACGACCUCCCGUUACCGUAUUCUGUGCUGAGAUUUUCCUCGGGCAGGGGAAUCAGUCACGUGGGAAGGGUGCAGAUAAGCAACAAUCCCAGUGAGAUUGAGCCAAAUUGCCGAGCAAUCGUCCUGACAGCAUCCAACACGGAUGACGAAAUCGCGGCGAUUUAUGACUUUGACUGAGAAGGCACCAUCUCCAACGGUGAUUGUGAGAGCUGUUAAUUAUAGUAUGCAUAUGGUCCCAUGGCACCUACGUACUAUAAAUACUGCACUUCUUGUGCCGUUAGUACCUAUUAUUUGCGACUGUCUCACGUGAUGGGUUCAAGUGAGAGUCCGAAACGUCAGGCUAAUAAAUUUAUUGCUCCAGUGAUCGCAGUUUCGUCUACUGAACUGCUUCAGGGGACUCGCCUGUUCGCUCCUAUCGGCAAACUUGCGCCAUAUCUACCGUUCUCUUUCCUCUUCCCACACCUGGUCCGGUGCCAUUACAGGGUGAAUAAGACUGGAUAGGGGAGAGGGCGCAGAUAACUAACAUGGCGAAAACCCAUGCUUAGGCAUACCACCACAACCCCUGGCGCCACUUGGAGAAAGAAGCCGAAAAGCACAAUUCCCACUUGCGUGAAAGGUGCCAGUGAUGUGGGGUGCUGAUGUUCAUGUGUGGUGCAUGUGUUCAUGGGGAAUGCGUGGUGGUGGUGGUGGUGGUGGUGGUGGUGGUGGUGGUGGUGGUGGUGGUGGUGGUGGUGGUGGUGGCGGCGAUUUACGGCCUAUUUGGGAGAGCGCACAUGGCCGAACAGACCUACGCGAUGCCUGAAUGUGCGAGGGCAACGCGGAAGAUGAGGCAAUGGCGUCUGGUGUACGCUGAUGCCAGCUUCUGUGCGAUGCAUUCGCAAGUGACCGAUGGGUAGGGUGAAUGUGCGCUAGCAGUGUGAGCAGGAUGUGUUGGGCGAUGCUAUGUCGGUUGCCGUUGUGGUGCUGGUAGAGGUGACCGCGCUGGCGGGUGGAGAGUUGAUGGGGCUGUGGGUGGACAGUUUGCGGGUGUUCAAGGCGAGCUAUUGGACGAUCAAAUGAGUUGCCCUAUGGUCCGCGACAGCACAUCCGCUUUGUGCAGCCUUGGAAGGUCAUAUUCGUGUGCAGUAUGGGGAUCACUGAGGACCAGGAACCUGGAGUCAUCGGGAUUUAUGAGCUCACGCGAACCUUCUGCUCUUGAGUUGCCCCGACUUAAGAUGGUAGCUUCCUAAUGAUCGGAUGUCUAGUUUCUCCAAAGUGCGUUGCAAGUUGAGAGUUUGAGUCUAGACUCCGAGUUACCGAUUUGUGCUCUUGUAAGCGAGUUUGCAACUUCCGCUCGGUUUCCCCAAUAUAGUUUCAGCCCCCAACAUUGCAACUUAUUCUGUAGACAACUGUUGAUGUUGCAGUGGAUGGCAGAAUGUCCUCAAGUUUCAUUAAACAACGCCGGAUUGUUGCCUGGGGACAACAGGCUAUGCCUACUAAUUUGAGUUGUAAUGGGGUGUAGGGGUGUUCAGCAGUGGGUUCACGUGACGGACGUAGUAGGUCGCUCGCUUGCUUGCAGGUGUAGACUACGCCUAGAACCUAUUUACUGGCACCCAACCCUCACAUGUGGCUCCCCGAAGCUAGGCUCUGUCUACUGGCCACACCUCGGCAACCGCCUCGACCGGCGAGCUAGAUCAGGUGAGGAUAUCCAGGUGUGCACACAGUAAUCUCGGCUCCGCUGGCCGGCAUUGGUAUCCCCGUGAUGGGGUCCCAUAUGGAACACCGUAGGAGGCCACAAGGUAAGGGAGUCACUAGGUUAGCGAACAUUGUUCUGCUGCCUUUGCUUUUGCUUGUUCUUCGCUGCCUGUCCUCUGUCGGCUUGUUUUUAUCUGGCCUUAUUGUAAGCUGCAUGCAGUUCUAUUGAGUGUGUCUGCUCAUCGUUUAUAUUUCAGCAGCCAGUUAGCUUAAAGAGGGUUCCGAAAAUUUUGCAUUUUGUUUCUUUGUACUUCCCCCACCCCUUCAAGCUUACGGCGAUAUCGUAGGAGUCCCAGGCUAACUCGGGUCAUCCUCCCAUUAAACAGAAGUCGUAGUCCAUGGCGGAGUUCGGCUACCGUCUGAGACAACUAAGCAGCCCUAUAUAGAGAGAACACUGCUGACCCCCGUGAGGGCGAAGUGGUUGGAAAGGCUGCCCCAAACAAAUGCUGAGAACCCACGCCGUCUGCAGGCUGGUUGUGGCCUCAGACGCAAAACCCACGGUCGAAACAACCAAACGAGCAACAAUAAUAUGUCUCUCAUCCCCCUCCUCCUCCUGCAGCCCCAACUCACGGGCUCGUUGGGUGAGUCCGCUCAUUUUGGCAGCCUGGAAUGACUGUCCCUUUUAGACUUUUAGAAGCAACCGACCAGAACGGUGGACAGCGCUAGUGGAUCGCGAACUAGCGCGCUACAAGGUGGGCAUCGCUGAACUCGGCAAGACUCGCUUCUCCGAACAGGGCCAACUGGAGCAGGUUAUUGCCGACUACACCUUCUUCUGGAGCCGUCGCCAAAAGGCAGAGCGACGGGACGCGGACGUCGCCUUUGCCAUCCGAAAUGACAUCGUGGGACGACUACCCUGUCUUCUGCAGGGCAUCAACGAUCGCCUGAUGAUUCUCAAGGGAGGCAAAUUUGCCACUAUUAUCAACGCCUACGCACCCCCGAUGACCACCCCCGACGAGGCAAGGGGCAAAUUCUGCGAGGGGCUGCAUGCCAUUCUGGUGACUGUCUUGAAUUUGGAUAAGCUGAUUUUCCUUGGUGACUUCAACGCCCGCGUCGGCAAAGACCAUGCUGCAUGGAGAAGAGUGUUGCGUCCCCAUGGUCUCAACGGCUUCAAUGACAAUGGUCUGCUCCCUCUGCGAACCUGCGCUGAACAUACUCAUCCUGACGAACAUCUUCUUCUGACUCCCAAUGUGAGAGAUCAGCUGGAUGAACCGUCGGUCGCGACGCUGGCACCUGCUGGACUAUGUCCUCGUCCGGAAGUGAGACCGGCGGGACAAAGGCAAUCCCUGGUGCCGACGGGUGGACCGACCAUCGCCUCGUCAUCUCGAAGAUGAGGAUUCGCCUGCAGCCUCGCAGGAAACCCCAAGGUAAGUGACACCCAGAUAAGCUGAAUAUUGCCUUGUUGUCUUUGCCUGCUCACCAUCUCCAUUUCAGCAUCGAGCUAGUUCAACGGCUGGUCAACAUUCCAGUCGCCGCCGUCGUUGACGACAACGCCUCCGUGGAGAAACGAUGAUGUCAACUGCGGGACACAAUCCAGUCGACGACCCUGGCCAUCCUCGGUUGGGCAAGUCGCCAACACCAGGAUUGGUUCGACGACAGCAACGCCGCCAUCAGCAGCCGGCUCGUCGAGAAGAACAGUCUGCACAAAGCCUACGUCACUCGCCCCACCGACGACACCAAAGCAGCCUUCUGCCGCAGUCGCCGUCUUCUACAACAACGACUGCGCGAUGUAAAGGAUGCGUGGACGGCUCGCGAGGCAGAGGACAUUCAAGGGUACGCGGAACGCAAAGAAUGGAAAAACGUCUUUGUCGCGACCCAAAGUCCUCUACGAUCCGUCAAUCAAAGCUACUGCACCUCUUCUCAGCGCCGAUGGCAGUACCCUACUCCCUGAGAAGACACAAAUUCUACAGCAGUGGGUCAUGCACUUCCGGGGCGUCCUCAACCGUCUCUCCACCAUCUUCAACGACGCCAUUGCCGUCUGCCUCAAUUGGAGACCAACGCCGACCUCGACCUCCCGUACUCUUUUCACGAAACCAUCAGGGCCGUACAGUAGCUCUCCAGCAGGAAAGCGGGCGGAUCGGACGCGAUACCCGCUGAGAUCUACAGGUACGGUGGUCCCCAACUCAUGGAUCAUCUGACGGCACUCUUCCAGAAGAUGCAGCGCUAAGGAGAAGUCCUGCAGGAUUUCAAGGACGCAACGAUCGUCCAUCACUAUAAGCGGAAGGAUAAUGGCCGGCAUCUCCUUACUGGACAUCGCUGAAAAAUCUUCGUUCGCAUCCUUCUCGGCCGUCUUAACAACGACCCAGAACAAGGUCUCCUGCCGGGAAGUCAGUGCGGUUUCCGCCGUCAUCGUGGAACCACGGACAUCAUCUAUGCUGCCCGCCAAAUUCAGGAGAAGUGUCUGGAGAUAGUCAUGCGGAAACUCAUGCAGAAAUUGGACUGUCCCGAAUGAUUCGCUCAUAUGGUGCGUCAGCUUCACGACGGCAUGAUGGCGCGAGUCACGGACAGUGGAGCUGUCCCAUAGCCGUUCGCAGUGACCAAAAAAGUGAAGCAGGGCUGCGUCCACGCGCCUAUCGUCUUCAGUCUCAUGUUCUCUGCCAUGUUGAUGGACGCCUACUGUGACGAACGCCCCGGAAUCCGCAUCGCCUACAGGACGGAUGCUCAACUACACAACCACCAGAGGAUACACUUUCAAUCGCGCGUAUCCACAAGCACAGUUCACGAACUUCCGUUUGCCGAUGAAUGCACCUUAAACUAAACUACUGAAGGAGACCUGCAAAGAAGCACGGACCUUUUCUCUGCCGCCUGCAAGAACUUCGGUCUGGUCAUGAACACGGGGAAGCCGGUGGUCAUGCACUAACCGCCAUCCAACACUGCCCACAAUGCUCCGCAAAUUACCGUAAAUGGAACCCAACUGCUGGCGGUGGACAACUUCACGUAUCUGGUCAAAACCGUCUUCUGCUGUACCAACGUCGACGAUGAAGUGAUCCGCCGAAGUUUAAAGGCCAGUCAAACCUGCGGUCGUUUUCAAAACACAGUUUGGAAUCGUCACAGUCUUCAACUCAGCACGAAACUGAAGAUGUACAAGACCGUCUUUACUCUAUGGAACAGAGACCUGGACAGUGUACACGAAGCAGGCACGUCCUUUUCAGAUGUCUUCGCCAAUAAUGAAACUGAGUUGGCAGGACCGGAUCCCAGACACGGACGUACUGGAGCGAACAGGAAUCCUCAACGUCUACGCUGUGCUAAGACAAUUGCAGCUACGCUGGAGCGGCCACCUAGUACGGAUGGACGACGAGAGACUACCCAAACUACUCUUCUAUGGAUAUGUCGCGACGGGUUCACGCAGACAAGGAGGCCAAUUCCGUUGCUAUAAGGAUACUCUGAAAGCCUUCCCGAAGUGCCUGCAGAUCAACCCUGCAAACUGGGAAGACCUUGCCGGGGACUGGCCUACGUAAAGGAGAACAGUGAAGACAGGCUUAGCAAUCUUCGAAGCCAACCGCAUCACCGCCGUUAAAGCCAAACGCGAGACACGCAAAUCUCCACUGACGCCGCUGCUGCCUCACAGCGCCCAAGCCCAGCCGCCUCCAACGGGUCCAUGAUGUCAACGGACAUCCCGGGCGCCAAUUGGAUUUGCUGGACACCUCCGGAUCACCUGCGGCACCCGGACUGCACCAACCACCGUCUCUCCGUCCACUUCUUCCUCGCCUCUCACGCCGUCAACUAACGUUGAUUGUCCUCCCAAACCACCACUACCAUCCUUCUCCCCUCCCCUCGCCCUCUGUCACCGCCUCAAUGUCUGCCGCCGUGGCGUCUGCCAUGGCCAUCGACACUAUAAACAAUCCUGACAUACCAACAAACACCAACACUACCACCGUCAACAACAGUAACGAGGAUCGGGUUUAUACUUGUUCUCAUUUCUAUCGCACCUUUACCUCACACAUCGACCUGGUCGGUCACUUGCAACUCCAUCGCACAGAGACUGGCGAACCAGUGCCUGCAGCACCAGUCUACAAUCGCCUCGUCCGCCUCUACUGUCCACAUGGCACUCGCACAUUUAGCCACCGCAUGGUCUAUUAG